CACUAUACCGGACCAACUGUCGACUCUGGAUACUUCUUCCUCGGCGACUACUAUCAUCUCUCGAGUGACUACUUGCCCGAACCUUACAGCGCCACCCGGCAGGAAACUCGCAUAAAGAAAAAACAUGGCAGGCGGACUCCAGAAGUACAGACACUUGUCGCGCAGCAGCUCGCAUCGUCAAGCUCUGCUCAGAAACCUCGUCACAUCCCUCUUCAAGAACGAGACGAUAUCCACAACAUGGCCCAAGGCCCAGGAAGCCCAGCGAUUGGCCGAGAAGUUGAUCACCUUGGGAAAGAGAAACACCGACGCCAGCAAGAGAAAGGCUCUCUCCAUCUUCUACGAACCCCACUCUCUCAUCCCCAAACUCUUCGGCCCUCUUCGCGAACGCUUCCUCAACCGCCCCGGUGGCUACACCCGUGUACUACGCAUUGAACCCAUCAAGGAAGAUCAAGCACCUUCUGCCAUUCUCGAACUCGUCGACGGACCCAAGGACAUGAGAUUCGCCAUGACCGCCCGCACAGUAUCCCGCCUGCGUCGCGAGGGCAAGCCCAUCAACGACAUGACCGCCGGUAACAUUGCCAAGGUCACUCGUUUCCGUCCCGAGGGAGAGAAGGACCUGGAAGACAUGGUCGCCAAAUUCGACAACCUGGAUGCUCAGGGCGAGCACGGCUUCGAGAAGGUCUACAAGCAGAGAGUCUACCACGUUCCCAAAGCCUCCAGAUAGAUGCUUUCAUGCGUUAUCUUGCUGCAUGCUUUUGUACAUUUUACCUCAUUGGGAUGGCGUUUAUACUGGAAAACUACGACUGGG